UCCUCAAAUUAUAAAUGAUUUGGUGACGAGCUGAGCUUGCAAUGCAGGCAAUAAAAACCGUGGAAAAAGAAGUGACUUUUAUAAAGGAAAUACUUUUCACAGAAUCCUUCCUAAAGAAGCAAGAGUGCAGCAGCAGCCCGGAGAGCAGGCGGCUCUGUGAGCAGCAGCCAUUGGAAGGAGCUGUCUGCAGCUCUCAGUGCUGUACUGAGCAUGUCCCAGCGGAGCCCAGUGCUAGCAGCACAUUAUGCAAAAAGGCAGCUCUAGCAGAUGGGAGAGAGGCACAGCAAGCAUUUGCUUCACUUGCAUCACCACCGCUUGAAAACAAACCUGGAUCGCUAGAGGGGAUCUCGCCGGCAGGCCAAGGGAAUGAAAUCCGGGAGCAUGGCUUGAUUGCCGAAGGAGUUGCACUGCGAAAAAUCAUGGGGAAUCAAGAUGGGAAGCUCAAGAAAAAUACAGGUGAUGUGCAUGAAGGAGGAGAGGAUGCCUCUGGGCCCAGGGAUACAGAUGGCACAAAGAAGGUAUCGGGAAGCAGAAGGGGACUGGGGAAGCAUGCAAAAGGAAGUGAAUCUGGUAAGAAGAAGGGUAAGUCAGACUCGAAGGCCUCGGUGUUUUCAAAUCUGAGGAUCAGAAAAAAUCUGUCCAAGGCUAAAGAUGGGAAUAGUAGUUCACGGGAGGAUGUUUUGGAAAGCCAGGCCUUGCAGCCUGGAGAGCUGGACAGUACUCAUUCAAUUGUAACCAAAACUCCAGAUAUAAGCAUCUCUGCGGAUGAAGGGGGUCUCUCAGACACAGACGUGGAACAUUUUGAAAUCAGAAAUGAAACUGUCCCAGCUGCUACAGAAACACAGGAUGGACAAAGGACCAGCUCUGGCUCUGAUACGGAUAUAUACAGUUUCCAUUCAGCCGCAGAACAAGAGGAUUUGCUUUCUGAUAUCCAGCAAGCUAUUAGACUGCAGCAGCAGCAGCAGGGGGCAAUUAACAUUGGAACUGAGGACCUUGUCACCAAAACAAUGGGCCGACACACGGCUAAUUCGCAAGCAGCCCCCUUAGAUUUUGAACGGUUUCUUUCAGUAACUACCACCGACAAAGAGAGGAGCCCAGACACUGAGGGGGCUUCUCCAGCGUUAACUGAGAUUCCGGAAAACAUUCCUGUCUCCUGUGCAACUGAACGUGAGCUGAAAGAAGUGGUAAAUGGCACAGGCUCUCCUGGUAACAGCUUAUUUGAAACACAAGAACAUAAGCUAUUGAUUGAGGAACAGCUCGUUGCUGGAGGGGAUGCUGUAGUUAGUGAACUAGAAGAUGAUUUAAGUAGAACUGCAGUAGAAAACAAAUCUCAGACACAGAGCUCCACACAACCUUUUCCAACCCCGGUAGCAGAUGCUGAGACUAAAAUUGCUGGAGUGAAGGCUGUUGAUUUGCAGGACUCAGUAACAGAGGAUGGUAUUUCAGAUGCAGGCCAUGAUCAUGCUGCUGAGACUCAGGAAGAGAAACACAGUCUGUCAGCCAGUCAAGAGGACCUGCAUAAUGGUUUAUCCACGGAAAUUAAAAAUGGCAUUUUGUCCUCCGAGGGGACAGCAGACAGUCCAAUGCUUGGUUCCCGAUGCUUUAGACCCUAUCUAAUUAAUCCUUGUUACAUCAAAACCACAACUAGGCAACUGAGUUCUCCCAACCAUUCACCAUCUCCCUCCCCAUCUCAGAGCCCGCUUUUUACAAGGAGACAGGAGUCCUUCCACCAAAAAGAAAAAGUGUCAAUCAAGAAACAGAGGUCUGCUAGUUUGGCAGGUUUGUUUAGUCGUUCUGCAGACUGGACAGAAGAGGUAUCUAAUCACAAAUGUGAGAUAACGCAGAAGGUGGGCUCUGCAGGCUACUUGGAGCACAAGGGGUUUAGAGAGAAAUUUCAAACAGAAAGAGUGCCUUUGACUCAUUCAAGAAAGUCCUCAGGGGUGCAAGCUUCUACAGAGACAUUUCCCAAUGUCUUUUCAGGACGAACUCUGCUGGAAAAGCUCUUCAGUCAGCAGGAGAAUGCACCACAAGAAGAAGCAGAAAAACUGUGUUCUCGCAUUAUUGCAAUGGGUCUUUUGCUUCCAUUCACUGACUGCUUCAGAGAACCGUGUAAUCAGAGUGCCCAGCAAAGCACACCCACGUUUGAUCAAGACCAGCUUUAUACUUGGGCUGCAGUUAGCCAACCCACACAUUCAUCAGAUUACAUUGAAGGAAGCUUUCCAAGGAGAAUUCCAUCUGUAUGGCCCCCACCCAAACCUCCAGAUGAAGAACAAAGAUCUAAAAUUACGAAAGAAGAGUUGAAAUCUACUGUCCUAGAAACAGAGAAGCAAUGCAUAGAUGAUGAUCAGCGGGUACAGAAAGAAGACUGUUCCACAGUACCUGGGUCCUGGGGUGAUUUUGAGGUAAAAUCUGAGGAGCGUGCCAGUGUCAUCCAACAACUUGAGCAAACUAUUGAGGAUCUGAGGACCAAAAUCGCAGAACUAGAGAAACAGUUCCCUGCUGCAGAGAUACAGACUGCUGGGAGGGAGCAGGAAAAUGAGCACACACGCACAGUCUGUAGGGAACUCGGCAGUGUGACUCUUCAAACAAACGGAGAGGAGACCAUACCCAGGACUGUGUCACAAGCGAGAUCUGUACAAACGUCUCCAACAGAGGAUUAUUUAACACACACAAUGCCUUCAGCCAAUGCACUGCCACAGCCACCCCCACCGUCGCACUUAGAAGGGGGCAAAAGUGAAGGGCCAACUCAGAAAUUGCCAGCUCUAGAACUACAGCCCGUGUUUUGUUCUGAGAUCUCCUUAAUUCUGUCGCCGAAGCUAAUCUCGGUGCCUCUGGAUGCAAGCCAAUCGGUACAGGGUACACCACAAUCACCUCUUCCAGGACCCAAAGUUAAUUUGUCCCUUGCAUUUGAAGGAGAGACUGAAAUGCCAGCUUCCCAUCAGCCGCUAAGUACUGUAGAUGUGACUUGUAGCGAACACCAUCCUCCUUUGCCCCCGGAGCCCACAUGUAGCACCCCAGCCACUGAACUGGCUGCUCCCUUGUCUGGAGCAUGUGGCCCUUCCCUUGCCACUCCCAUGUCCACGGCAGGAGUACCACCUGCACCACCCUUGCUUGGCUCAGGACUCCUUUCUUCUGCUGGCUCAGCAGUGCAACACCCGGACCACUCUUUACCGGGCAUGCCACCACCCCCUCCUCCUCCUCCACCUUUGCCAAGUGGGGAGAUAGCAAUGCUGCCUUCAACCCCUCAUCUCCCAUGUGCUGGAGUACCACCACCACCUCUACCACCACCUUUGCCCAGUUGGGGCAUCCCACCUCCACCAGCAGCACCACCUUUACCUGGGGCUGGUGUCCCUCCCCCACCU